UUUAACGAUUACUUUAGGCAGCAAUACUGUAGUUGUCUUAGUAUUGCCAAAAAUAGAAACUACUCAUAUUUGCUUGAUAAAAUUUUCUGUGCCUUUAAAUGCUGCUCAAAUCUGUAAAAGAGCUUCAAUUGUUUCAUUCUCAAGCCAUCAAAUCCGGCUUACAAUCCAGCAUCUUCACAUUCAACAAUCUCAUCCAUUGUUAUGCAAAACAUGGGUUUUUGCGGUAUGCCCAUAAACUGUUCGACGAAAUGCCUGAAAGAAAUGUAUUCACUUGGAACACUAUUAUUGCUGCCCACUUGAAGAAUCAAGACAUAAAGACAGCUGAACUCCUUUUUAAGUCUUCCCCAUACAAGGAUUUAGUGACUUACAACUCUAUGCUAUCUGGGUAUGUUAAUGCUGAUGAUAAACCCGAGCACGAAUCGAGUGAUCAAGCUCUUAGACUCUUUGUUGAGAUGCAAUCAUCUCAAGUUAAUGGUGGUAGUGGUAGAAACAUUGAUGAGUUUACUAUCACUACUAUGCUUAACUUGGUUGCUAAGUUAUCUUUCGCGUCUCUAGGAAUGCAGUUGCAUUCAUAUAUGGUGAAAAGUGGGAAUGAUCAUAGUGGAUUUUCUUGUAGUUCACUUAUUGACAUGUAUUCUAAAUGUGGGUGUUUUCAAGAAGCAAUUCGGGUUUUUAAUGAUUGUCGUGGUGGAUUGGAUUCGGUAUCUAAGAAUGCUAUAGUAGCUGCUUGUUGCAGGGAAAAUAAGUUGGAUUUGGCCUUGGAUAUCUUUUGGCACGAGGCUGAGUUGAAUGACACUAUAUCGUGGAACACGAUUAUUUCCGGUUUUGUUCAGAACGAUCUUCAUGAGAAGGCAUUGAGAUUAUUCAUUUGCAUGAUGGAAAAUGGGAUCAGAUUGAAUAACCAUACCUUUGCUAGCAUCUUAGGUGCCUGCUCGGGUACAAGGAGCCUUAAUCUUGGGAAGGAAGUCCAUGCACAUGUUUUGAAGGCUGGAUUUAUUGAGAAUUCUUUUAUCAGCAGUGGUAUUGUAGAUGUUUAUUGCAAGUGUGGUAAUAUGGAUUAUGCUAAAUCUGCCUAUACAGCAUUUAGCAUGGGGAACGCCUUUUCAAUCACUUCGAUGAUUGUGGGAUACUCAUCAAUAGGCAACAUGGUGGAAGCACGAAGGCUUUUUGACACAUUGCGUGAGAAGAACUCUAUAGUUUGGACUGCUUUGUUUUCAGGGUAUGUGAAAUCACAUUGUUGUGAAGCAGCACUUGAACUUUUAUCAGAGUUUCUAGCUAAAGAAGUAAAUAUUCCAGAUGUUUUGAUAUUGAUGACUCUACUUGGUGCAUGUGCUAUACAAGCCUCCUUGCAUCCUGGUAAGCAGAUUCAUUCUUACAUACUAAGGAUUGGUAUGAAAUUAGAUAAUAAACUUCAGAGUUCAAUGAUUGACAUGUACUCAAAAUGUGGCCACAUAACAUCUGCUGAGAGAAUUUUCUCAGGAGUCAAAGAGAAGGAUUCAGUCCUUUAUAAUGUGAUGAUUGCUGGUUAUGCUAAUCAUGGGCAAGAAAGUGAGGCCAUUAAGUUGUUCAAGGAGAUGUGCGAGAGAAAUAUUAGACCAAAUGCUGCAACUUUUGUGGCUCUUUUAUCAACUUGUCGGCAUGCUGGCUUGGUGGAAUCAGGUGAAAAGCAUUUUGAUGCCAUGGAAAGAGAUUAUGGUAUACAACGAGAAGUUGAUCACUAUGCUUGUAUGAUUGAUCUCUAUGGAAGGGCUCAUAAACUGGACAAGGCGGCUGCCUUAAUGGAAGAAAUUCCUUUUGAACCAGAUGCUGUUUUAUUGGGUGCUUUUUUAAAUGCUUGUAGGAUAAGCGGGAAUUUAAAUCUAGCCAGAGAAACAGAGGAAAAGCUGUUGAGAAUUGAGGGUGAAAAUGGGUCUCGUUAUGUGCAAUUGGCUAAUGUAUAUGCUUCAGAGGGGGAUUGGGAUGAGGUAGGGAGGAUUAGGAAGAAGAUGAAAGGGAAGGUGAUCAAGAAGCUUGUAGGAUGCAGUUGGAUACAUCUGGAGAAAGGUGUUACUGUCUUUACUUCUGGUGACACAUCUCACUUGAAAUCCGAUGCAAUCUACUCUUUGCUUGCAUGUUUAGUAGCAGAAAUUAACCACCUUGCCUUGGUCAAAGAUCUGCUUGUAGAUAAAAUGAAUUGAUUCCUGGGAACUAUGUCAUGAAGAUGUCUGCUGUGACCUUAUAGUAUUCGCUUCUGAAAGAAUUUGAACUAAUUGUGCUUGACAGUAGUAGAUUCUUCAUAAACUGAGAAAUCAAAUUAUGGGUUUCAACUUUGUGAAGAUAUUUAAUAAGAAGGGGAAGGAACCCAAGUAUGGCUUUAUCUAAUGGAUAUUCAGUAUGCAAGUUUGUUUGAAUUACUCUGCAGCUGUUGAGUGGGGGUGGGGGGAGGAGGGUGAGGGAAGGUCGGGAAGUCUUAAUGAUUAACAAAAGUGCCUUAUUUUUUGGGCAGUUAUACCUUUUGGUCUGAGCCACACAACUGUGAUAUAGGCUGACUGAUUUGCACAAGCUUCGGUGUAAGAAGAUCUACAACCAUGCUCCUUGGAGAAGUUUGAACAUCUAAAGUAGUGCAUCCUACAUAGCUAAAGCUAAUGAAUUCUCAUUGUUAAGAGGGCCAUUUUAUAAUUACGUCGCCAAUAUUUUUUCUACGUCCUUAGUUUCGGUUCUACCAAUCAGCAUAACUGCUGUUGAAUGGGCAAAUUUCUGCUGUGUUGCAAACUACCAUCUCAAAGGCUCAUGCUGGAGAGACGUGGUUUUUGUGUAAGACUGAUAUUUUGAUGUAGUGAAAGCCACCUGAAGGAGAUUUACAAACUAGGAUGAGUAAUUUCACCAAUGAAGACUGUGUAACAUGUCAUACAGUACUGGCAUGCAAUGCCCUGGGUGCACAUAGGAGUUACCAUGCCUAGAAAAAGAAGUUGGAGGUGCCAAAGAUCACCCCCAACUGUCUUAGCAACCAUGUGAUUUGACUGGAGUUUGUGUCUGCUCUGGCUCUUGGAUAACAAAGCUACGGUAUAAUGUUACUGGCGAUAGCAGGAAAUCUCUGCCAAUGGAGGUGUAGCAGCAGCUUAGUAAGAAAUUCAACGAACAGAGUUCACACUCG